GAGCGCGUUAUGCACGAAUAUUUUAAUAGCAUCAGCAAAGACAGAGAUCAAAAAGAUCAAAACAUUUGAUUGAGAAGAUAUCCUCGACCUUCUGCACUCCUCGGGAUCCGAUCGAAAGCUGCAAACAUUCAGCAUCACCACCAGCGUCUGUUUACAUCUGGACGUAUGUGAUAUAGCAAGUUAUCUAGAUAGUUAGGUCGAUAUCAUGCUGGGCGAUGCUUUUGGACAUCGUGUUGAGUCGAGCGUGGAGAAUAAAGCAGUGAAGAUGAAGAAAAGCAGAUCCAAGCAAGCGCUCUUGAAGAAGAGAGGACGAAACGUGCACAGCAAACCCAACAAAGCAUCAGGAAACAUCAGCAAAAGCAGCUGCAAACCUCCGUUGACCACCCACGAAGAGCUCAAACCAGCUCACUCCAAAACAGCUCAGUCUAAACCAGCCACCAAUAAACAGCAACUGAAGUUAAAAACCGAAAGUGUUGAACGAGGGAUCCAGCCCAGCAGACCGUCUGUCCACAGCUCGAGCCGGCUUGAGCAAACCACCGACAACCUGAUCAAACGGAGACAGUGGAGCAAGCAAAGAAAUGCAGCGGACAACACUCAGCUUCCCCAAAGACAGGAGAACCCCACACACACGGGGAAGAGCACGGCUGAGGGUCUCAGGAGGGUGAACGUUUGCUAUCCUGAGCUCUCGUCGGAGGCCGAGAAGACGUAUGCUGGACCGCCCUCGCCCCGCGUCCUCCCCAAACCGCCCAGCCACUGGGUGGGAGAAGAUGCUCUUCAGCAGCACUGCAGCAAAGAGCAGAUAUCUGUGCACCUCAAAACCCUGCUGAAGGUCCGAGCAGAACCCUGAGCUCGAAUCUGAAAUGGGACACUUUCGAAAAUAAAGCGGACUUGCUAC